CAAUUAUCGCGAUCGGAGCGACCUCCGUUAUGGGUCGUGCGGUGGAUGUACAUGAAAGGUAUAAACGGAAAUAUCAUCUCGAAGUCGAACGCUAAGACGAAUAGGGAUGCUGCUGAGGUUCCCACGACGCCUCCAUCAGAGCCGGCCGCUGGCUUCUGGCCGGGGCGAUCUCGUUCACGUACUCGACGCCCUCGACCAAAUCCGACGUCCAUCGCAGUUUCAGAUCCGAUAUCAACACCUCCACCCUCCUCCAAUGGCACCGUGGACGCCCAGUUCGGCUGCGCCGCUGCCUCAGACUGCGUGGUCAAGGACGUGAGAAACUGCUGCGGAUACUAUCCGAAGUGUGUUAACUCUGGCUUCAAGCCUUUGCCGCCAAAGUGUGAUGGUGGAGUGUUUGGAGUCUGUGGCUUCCCUGUCAUCGAUGCGUGCGACUGCCAGGCGGAGAGAUGUGUAGGAUUGCAGAAUAGCCCGCAGACCGGAGGUCUAUCGAACUUGGACUCCUCGGUCUCAUUCGAGUCUGGGGGAUCGGGGGAGAUUAGCUGAGAACUCAUCGCCGAAUCGUUGUUUGGUUAGGGCAGAACAUUGCACUGGAUUUCGGCAGAACUCCCGUGCUUCAGUUUGUAGCAAUCCAAUAUCAAUGUCAGUCA